AACACUUUUGUACUGUCAGUGCCAAAUUAUCACCCCAAGAUGACUUAUGAUUGUAAAUGGGGGAAAGUGCCUUUACAGUGGAAUGCUGGCAGUAAGCAAGGGAGCAAACUUCGAAUUACUCAUGCUGCGUCAACUUGACUUCAUCUAUCGCCGAGUCAAUGCAAUGUGAAGUACACAGCAUCACCUUUGCCCGUGCUACUCAACGUGCGGUUCAAGAACCAGCAGGCACAUCAGCUUCGCCCGGGAGCGUGUUAGACAAGCAGGAUCUCAGGCCCCACCCAGACCUACUGAAUCAGAUUCUGCAUUUUAAAAAGGUUCCCAGGUGAUUCUUUGAUAGUACAGUUUGAGAAGCGCUGGCCUUCAUCAAGUAUUCUUGAAAAAACCUGUUUAACCAGGACAAACCUUUAGAGGUACUUUCAGUUUGUGGGGAAAAUAGGAGGAAGAGGAACAAAUUAAAUAAGACACAAAGAUUUAGACAAGUCCACAGUGUGAACAUUCUACAAGACAACUGUCCUUGACUCAGGCUCGUCGCCAUGACCAAACUGAGCGCCCAAGUCAAAAGCUCCCUCAACAUCACCACCCCUGGGGUGCAAAUAUGGAGGAUUGAGGCGAUGCAGAUGGUGCCUGUUCCUCCCAGCACCUUUGGUAGCUUCUUUGAUGGUGACUGCUAUGUAGUCCUCGCUAUCCACAAGACAGGCAGCAACCUUUCCUAUGACAUCCACUACUGGAUUGGCCAGGCCUCGUCCCAGGAUGAGCAAGGGGCGGCUGCCAUCUACACCACGCAGAUGGACGACUUCCUGAAGGGCCGGGCUGUCCAGCACCGAGAGGUCCAGGGCAAUGAGAGCGAGACUUUCCGUGGCUACUUCAAGCAGGGCCUUGUGAUCCGGAAAGGGGGCGUGGCUUCCGGCAUGAAGCACGUGGAGACCAACUCCAGCGAGGUCCAGCGGUUGCUGCAUGUGAAGGGCAAGAGGAACGUGGUGGCUGGAGAGGUGGAGAUGUCCUGGAAGAGUUUCAACCGCGGGGAUGUUUUCCUCCUGGACCUCGGGAAGCUUAUCAUCCAGUGGAACGGGCCGGAGAGUAACCGCAUGGAGAGACUCAGGGGCAUGACCUUGGCCAAGGAGAUCCGGGACCAGGAGAGGGGCGGGCGGACCUACGUAGCCGUGGUGGACGGGGAGAACGAGAAGGCAUCCCCGCAGCUGAUGGAGGUCAUGAACCACGUGCUGGGCAAGCGCAGGGAGCUGAAGGCGGCAGUGCCUGACACAGUGGUGGAGCCCGCCCUCAAGGCUGCCCUCAAGUUGUACCAUGUGUCCGACACGGAGGGAAAGCUGGUGGUCAGAGAAGUCGCCACACGGCCACUCACACAAGAUCUGCUCAAUCACGAGGACUGUUACAUCCUGGACCAGGGGGGCCUGAAGAUCUACGUGUGGAAGGGGAAGAAGGCCAAUGCCCAGGAGAGGAAGGGAGCCUUAAGCCAGGCCCUGAACUUCAUCAAAGCCAAGAAGUACCCCCCAAGCACGCAGGUGGAGGUGCAGAAUGAUGGGGCCGAGUCCGCUGUCUUCCAGCAGCUCUUCCAGAAGUGGACAGUGCCCAGCAGGACCUCAGGCCUGGGCAAAACCCACACCGUGGGCUCCGUGGCCAAGGUGGAGCAGGUGAAGUUCGAUGCCAUGUCCAUGCAUGUCCAGCCUCAGGUGGCUGCCCAGCAGAGGAUGGUAGAUGACGGGAGUGGAGAGGUGCAGGUGUGGCGCAUUGAGGACCUAGAGCCGGUGCCUGUGGAGUCCAAGUGGCUGGGCCACUUCUAUGGGGGCGACUGCUACCUGCUGCUCUACACCUACCUCAUCGGAGAGAAGCCGCACUACCUGCUCUACAUCUGGCAGGGCAGCCAGGCCAGCCAGGAUGAAAUCACAGCCUCGGCCUAUCAAGCCGUCAUCCUGGAUCAGAAGUACAACAACGAACCGGUCCAGAUCCGAGUCCCGAUGGGCAAGGAGCCACCUCAUCUCAUGUCCAUCUUCAAGGGACAAAUGGUGGUCUACCAGGGAGGCACCUCCCGGGCUAAGAACCCGGAGCCGGAGCCCGCCACACGGCUGUUCCAGGUCCGAGGAACCAGCACCAAUAACACUAAGGCUUUUGAGGUCCAAGCCCGGGCCACCUCCCUCAACUCCAAUGAUGUCUUCAUCCUCAAGACCCAGUCCUGCUGCUACCUGUGGUGUGGGAAGGGCUGCAGCGGAGAUGAGCGGGAGAUGGCCAAGAUGGUGGCUGACACCAUCUCCAGGACAGAGAAGCAAGUGGUGGUGGAAGGGCAGGAGCCGGCCAACUUCUGGGUGGCCCUGGGUGGGAAGGCACCCUACGCCAACACCAAGAGACUGCAGGAGCAAAGCAUGGCCUUCACCCCCCGGCUCUUUGAAUGUUCCAACCAGACUGGGCGCUUUCUGGCCACAGAAAUCCCCGACUUCACUCAGGAUGACUUGGAAGAGGAUGAUGUGUUUCUGCUCGAUGUCUGGGACCAGGUCUUCUUCUGGAUCGGGAAGCAUGCCAACGAGGAUGAGAAGAAAGCCGCUGCCACCACAGUGCAGGAAUACCUCAAGACCCACCCCAGUGGCCGGGACCCUGAUACCCCCAUCAUUGUGGUGAAGCAGGGACACGAGCCCCCGACCUUCACGGGCUGGUUCCUGGCAUGGGAUCCCUUCAAAUGGAGUAACGCCAAAUCCUACGAGGACCUGAAGGCGGAGCUUGGCAGCUCUGGGGACUGGGGCUGGAUCACUGCUGAGAUCACAAACCCUAAACCGGACGUGUUCAAUGCGAACAGCAACCUCAAUUCUGGGCCUCUCCCUGUCUUUCCCCUGGAGCAGUUGGUGAACAAGCCGGUGGAGGAGCUCCCUAAGGGUGUGGACCCCAGCAGGAAGGAGGAGCACCUGUCCGUUGAGGAUUUCACCAAAGUCUUGGGGAUGACUCCAGCUGCCUUCUCUGCCUUGCCUCGAUGGAAGCAACAAAACCUUAAGAAAGCCAAUGGACUAUUUUAAGAGUAGCUGCGGUUGCAAAGCAGUUUCGUUUUGUUAUUACUGGUAUUAAUCCUUUACUUAAUUGAAAUUUUACUUGUACCUGUGAGCAGCAGUCUGUGGCAAUGCUUCUGUUUACUAACCUACUCCUCCACAAAGAUGAUGCUCCCAGGAGGCUGUGGUCCCAAUUUCAGCUCUCAAGAAGGUGGUUGCCAUAUGAUUUCACUCAUACGUGGGAAAUAAAACUGAAACUCCUAGACACAGACAACACUAUUUGGGUUACCAGAGAGAAAGGGUGGAGGGUACUACGGGGUAAAAAGAACCAAAUAUAUGUGAUGGAAGAUGCACUUGAAACCUAUAUAAUCUUAUUAACCAGUAUCACCCCAAUAAACUUAAUUUAAAAAAAUGAAGAAAUGAACCCAAUUUCAGAUUAUAAAGGUAUCUGUACCUACAUGCUAAUUGGGGCGUUCACACACAGAGGGCACUAAGAAAUCAGCGGCUCUCAGUUCCCCUCCUUGCUUUAAAGAAAUUGAAUCAAAUGUUAUAAUCAUGGGCUCUGGAGUGAGUGCCAUCACUCCGUUUUCUAACCAUGUAAAUGUUUUUUUCAAUUAGUUCACAUUCAAUAUUAUAUUGGUUUUAGGUGUACAUCAUUGUGGUUAGACAUUUAUAUAAUUUACAAAGUGAUCCCCUGAUAAGUCUAGUACCCACCUGGCACCACCCAUAGUCAUUACAACCUUUUAUUUAAAAGGAAAAAAAAAGGUAGUUGCAUUAUUUCUGUCCUGAGGUGUUGCACCACUUUAACCAUACUGUUCUAGAGCUGCCCCUUCUUAGAAGAGCAGCCAACACUCCCGGGAACACUUGUUCUGGAGUCCUCCGUAGGCGUUUAUCAAUGGCAGGUGGGCUGAAGCAUUUUUGUCUACCUUUCCCAGGAUAACGGUUUUUCCUUUUCACAUACGUCUUCCUCUGGUGAUAAGUUAAAGGGGAUCCCUUCUUUGAAGGAGUUCAAUGGCCUAGGACAGUGGUCGGGCAAACUCAUUAGUCAACAGAACGAAAUAUCAACAGUACGAUUGAAAUUUCUUUUGAGAGCCAAAUUUUUUAAACUUAAACUAUACAGGUAGGUACAUUGUUAUUAACUUAAUUAGGGUACUCCUAAGGCUUAGGAAGAGCCACACUCAAGGGGCCAAAGAGCCGCAUGUGGCUCGCGAGCCGCAGUUUGCCGACCAAGGGCUUAGGAGAUGCCUUACUAGGAGGUUUCACAAAACUCACUAAACCAGUCCCCAGUGAAAGCCAACAUAUCCACUGGGUUUAGGCUUGAGUUUGAAGGCAAGUAUGAACUGCAAAUGCUAGUUCACCCUUCUCUGGGAAAGGUGUAAAAAAUGCUAAGGCCAAUGCUGGGUUUAUAAACUGUUAUCCAGAACCUCUGCAAAGCUUCCCUGGCUCCUCAGAUGGAAACAACGGGAAAUCGGUGCAUAUGUUGGUUUGCCAUCCCAUUUUCUUUAGGGUUUAACAGUGCUGCACAGAAGUCCCAA